AUGCCCAGCUCGGUCCGUGUGGUCGGCUUGCCCCAGUGUGGGCUCUUCAUGGACCAGCCGGACUACCAGGGCCUUGAGUAUUUCACCCCGCUCUAUGCGCACAUCUUUGACAUGAUGGGAAUGAUUCGUUCGCCUUCCCUGGAUCCGGGUUGCUUAGACAAGUAUUCCGAGGAGCCCUGGCACUGCUUCAUGGCUCAGUAUGUGAUGCCCUUCGUCCAAACGCCCUACUUCGCUGUGAACUCCUUCUAUGACUCCUGGCAGUUCAAGGCGAUGUUGCGGCUGCCCGACUCCUGCAUUUGGUCACAGGAUUGCACAAUGAAGCAGGUCGAUAGCGAGCGGAACUUGAAAGACAUCAUGGUGAAGAAUGUGAGCCAAUCUGCGGGGUCUCACUCUUACUUCCUUUACAGCUGUGUCUCUCACUGCGGCUACCUCAACCACGAUGAUGGCUGGCGCCGGCUGGUGGUGAACGGGCAAAGCCUACGCGGCGCCAUCAGCGCGUGGUACUUCCAUGAGCGCAUCUUCCAGGGUGCACAAGUGCAGGAAAUGCCCGACGAGAACCCCACCUGCCACCCUUAUGGCAUCGAAAUCGUGGUGUGA